GAGCCGGCGGCCGCUGAGUCCGGCGCAGAGCGCGGCCGGCCCGUUACCGCGGCCACCGCGCCCCCGGCCCCGCAAGGGCCCCAGCAGCGCGCGCCGGCGUCGCCCCCCGGAACGGGCCGGUUUCAGCGUGGGGUGCUAGCUGGGGAGGGGUCCCUGCCGCGCCCUUGGCGCCCCCUGCCGGCCAUGGGGCCCCCGAGCCGCGAGGCCUGGGCCCAGCGCCUGGGGGCCUUCCGGGCCAGCCCGUGCGCCUUCCUGGCGGGUCCCCAGGGCGAGGAUCUGGGGCGCGAGCUGCUGAGCGAUCUGCGCAGUGACAAGCUGAGCGAGCAGACCAAGGUCUCCCUGCUGGCCCUGAGCCUGGAAUACGCGGCCCAGCUGUGGCCCGACGCCCCCGCGGCCGAGGCGGCCGCCGCCUCCCUGCUGGACACCCUGGUCCUCCUGCCGCCGCGGCCGUCGGCGCUGCGACGGCCCCUGCUCCUGGCGGCCACCACCGCUCUGGCGGCCGGAGGAGCGCUGGGCCCCGCCUCGGGGGCCGCCUGCCGGCUUCUGCCCCUGCUGCUCGGCCUGGCCUUGGGCCGCGACCUGGGCAGAGGCUUCGGCCCCGCCUCGGAGCAGCGCCCCCUACAGGCCACAGCGUGCGAGUGCCUGCGGGAGCUGGAGAGCUGCCAGCCGGGGCUGCUGCGGGCCUCGCUGGGGCCGCUGCGGGCCGGGCUGGCCCAGGAGGGCCCCGUGCAGCCCCUCAGCCUGCUGCUGGCGCUUGCUCUGCACAACGCCUUGGCGCUGCAGCCCAGGGCUGGGGCUGGCCUGCAGGGCCUGCUCACCGCCAGGGUGGCUGCUGCCGGGGAUUCUCCCUGGAGCUGGACGCUGGCCGGAGACAGUGAUGUCCCCUUUGAGCCCCAGGCACCCAGCUGGCCAGAGGCCGAGGAGGGGGCGCGUGGCCUCCUCGCGCUAGAGCUCAGCCCCGAGGAGUCCCGGGAGCUGAGGGCCACCGUGGCCCAACUCCUGGACGCGUCCUACCUACUGGCCCCUGUGGCCCAGGCCCAGCUGUUGUGGCUGCUCUGCGGGGCCCUGCGCGGGCUGCGGGGGCAGCCACCGGCGCUCUUCAAGCCGCAGCUGGUCCGGCUGCUGGGCACGGCUCGGCCGGCGCUGCUGCACGCGGUCCUGGCGCUCAAGGCGGCCUUCGGCGAGGCCCUGUUCACGGCCCAGGACGAGGCCCUGCUGCUCCGCCGGCUCACCCUGGCUGCCCAGCACCCGGCCCUGCCCCUCCCCACCCACCUCUUUUACCUCCACUGCCUCCUGAGCUUCCCCGAAAACUGUCCGCUGGGCCCCGAAGGCGAGGAGGCCGCCCCGCUGCUGCUAGGGCCCCGGCUGUGCCACGGCCUCCUGCCCAGCCCUGUGCACGAGCCCGCGGCCCUCCUGGCCCGCCUGCACUUGCUGUGCCUGCUGUGUGCCGAGGACACCGAAGAGGACGACAGAGGCCAGGGUGGGAGCCCGCAGCGCUACCUGGAGGAGCUGCUGGCCGGCUUGCGGCAGCGGGCGGCCCUGGACGGCGGCCCCCGGGCCUGGGCCACACUCUGCUUCCAGGCCUCGUACCUGGUUGCCCACUGCCUGGCGGGGCAGCCCGCAGUGCUGACGCCCCUGGUGCGCGGGCUGGCGCAGCUGUACCGGGCCCGGCCUGUGCUGGCUCCCCACUUUGUGGACCUCCUGGACCGGGUAGGCCCUGAGCUGGGGGAGCCCCUGAGGGUGGCGCUGUGCCGGGAAGUGGUGUCGCGGCCAGGCGGGGACGCGGCUCUCGGCUGGCACCUGCAAGUGCUGGCCAGGGUGGUGGGCGGGGGUUCCCAGAGCGCCACUCUCCACUUCCUGCAGGCCGCGGCCGCCCACUGCCCCGACUGGGGCCUGCAGCAGGCACUGCUGCGGGUGUGCCGGGCCCUGCUGGGGAGCGGCGGGGGCGGCGGCCUGGCGGACUUGCUGCAGGCGCUGGCCCGGCGGCUGGAGGACCCUGACGGGCGCGAUCAUGCCCGCCUCUACUACGUCCUCUUGGCCCACCUGGCAGGACCCAAGCUGGGGCUGGCCCUGGGCCCUUCACUCGCUGCACCAGCGAUGGCCUCUUCACUGGUGGCCGAGAACCAGGGCUUCGCGGCAGCCUUGAUGGUGCGGGAGGCUGCAGCCCCCAUGCGGCUGAGCGUGGGGCCGCGCGUGGCCACCGGGCCGUGUCCGGUGCUGCAGCUCCAGGUGGAGGUGCUGGAGCCCGCCUACUCUCUGGAGCUGCGCUUCCGGGUGGAGGGGCAGCUCUACGCCCCCUUGGGGGCCGUCCACGUGCCCUGCCUGUGCCCCAGCCGCCCGGCCAGCCCUCUGCUCCUGCCCCUGCAGCCCAGGCGCCCGGCCCCCACCCGCCUGCACGUCCAGGCCCUGUACACCACGCCCGCUGGCCUCACAUGCCACGCCCGCCUGCCGCCUCUGACUGUGACCUUCUCCCAUCUCUUCCUGCCUUUCCCCCAGGCCCCCAGGGGAGCCGAGCCGGGCUUCUUUGAGGAGCUCUGGGACUCCUGCCUGCCGGGGGGCGCCGAGAGCCGUGUGUGGUGCGCGCUGGGGCCGCAGGGGCUGGAGACGUUGGUGUCUUGCCACCUGGAGCCGUUUGUGGUGGCGGCGCGGCCUCCUGCCAGCUACCACGUAGCCAUCCGCCUGCCCCCAGACUCGAAGCUGCUGCUGCGGCUGGAGGCGCCCCAGGUGGACGGGGUGCCUGUGGCCCUGCGGACCGACAACUGGGCCUUGCUGCCCCUGGCCGCAGACUACCUCCGUGGCCUGUCGGCUGCUGCCUGAGCCGCCGGGGGCCCCGUGUCGGGGACAGGACUGUGGUCCUUGGUGGGGAGAGGGGGCUUGCCUAAGGGGCAGCUGAGCGUCAGGGCGCUCCAACGGCCCCUUUCCCAUAAAGCCUGCCUCUGCCGAUGA